AGAGGAGGGGUCGGGGACCCGCUGAGACCCCGCUGUCCCCACAGUCUGCACCGGCACCGACAUGAAGCUGCUGCGUCCCUCCAGCCCCGAGAGCCACUACGAGACCCUGCGGCACCUCUACCAGGGCUGCCAGGUGGUCCAGGGCAACCUGGAACUCACCUACCUGCCCGCUGACGCCGACACCGCCUUCCUCAAGGACAUCAAGGAGGUGCAGGGGUACGUGCUGAUCGCGGAAAACCAAGUGAGCGGGCUGGAGCUGCAGAGCCUGCGCAUCAUCCGCGGCACGCAGCUCUUCCAGGAGCGCUUCGCCCUGGCCGUGGUGGGCAACGCCGGCCCCGCCGGGGCACCGGGGCUGCGCCAGCUCGGCAUGAGGCACCUCACAGAGAUCCUGAAGGGAGGGGUGCGCAUCGAGAGGAACCCUGAGCUCUGCUUCCAGGAGACAAUCCUCUGGAGCGACAUCUUGCACCGGCACAACGAGUUCCGUGCCGAGAUCCAGGUGGACACCACCCGCACCCGCAGCUGUCCCGACUGCCGGGCGCUCUGUGCUGAGGGGCACUGCUGGGGCGAGGACAAACGGGACUGCCAGACACUGACCAACAGCAUCUGCCACGGCUGCCCACGCUGCAAGGGCACGAAGCCCACGGACUGCUGCCACGAGCAGUGCGCCGCCGGCUGCACCGGCCCCAAGCACUCCGACUGCCUGGCGUGCCUGAACUUCAACCGGAGUGGGAUCUGUGAGCUGCACUGCCCCCCGCUCGUCGUCUACAACUCGGACACUUUUGAGUCGAUGCCCAACCCUGACGGGCGCUACACGUUUGGUGCCAGCUGUGUCAGCCAGUGUCCCUACAACUACCUGGCCACGGAGGUGGGGUCCUGCACCCUCGUGUGCCCCCAGAACAGCCAGGAGGUCACAGUCAACAAUGUCCAGAAGUGUGAGAAGUGCAGCAAACCCUGCCCAGAGGUGUGUUACGGGCUGGGAGUGGAUUUCCUGAAGGGCGUCCGUGCUGUGAACGCCUCCAACAUCCAGCACUUCUCCGGCUGCACCAAGAUUUUUGGGAGCCUGGCCUUCCUGCCCGAGACCUUUGCUGGGUGAGUGCCUGAUUCCCCCCACCGAGCCCCC